GCAGAGUUUCGAAGCGGAAUAGUAUAAAGGGAAGUCACGGCUGACCCCGCUCGCUCAAGCUCGCGUGCUCUUGCAUCUUCCUUUAUCUCACCUCAUAUCACGGUGGCCAGCACGCAAUCGUUAACAGCUGCACUGAAUUGUGCAAUUCAGAACCACCUAUCUUCUUCUCAUCUUGCAUUGUGAGCCCCGAGCUCCGGUACUGGACUACUUCAACCUCACGUUGCCCGCUUUUGACCUGCUCUCCGUACAACUCGUGCUCGACCAUCUCAACACCCAUCAACUAUGACUCGCUCCCACAAAUGGACUGAUCGUGACCAUGCCGGCAUUGCCGACGGUACCGCUGAUCGGGAAGCAAGGCUUCCCCGUUACUUCGCCAAGGCAGGCCAUGCCGACACUGAUCCGACUAAGACCAAGAAAGACGGUAGUGGAAAGGGCAAUUGGGGCCGAGACGGCGACGAAGUCGAAGACAUGCCCUACAACAUGAACAACGCCCGGCGUCGCAGCAACUCGUCGACGCACCAGCUCAAAGACUUCAAGACCAAGUUCGAGACCAUUGAGACCGAGCCUGUCUUUGAGGAAGAGGUCCAUGGCCCCAUUGGCGAGGAGCUUGAGAAGCAGAGUACAACCUCCAGCUCCAACAAGAGCGUUGAUGAGGAGGACCAUGACAGGAAGUUGUAAGAUACGGGUAGACCUAGGCUUCACAGCUCAAUCCCGCAGGGAAG